CUUCAUUCAGUGUCCUCGCCCUCGGUUUGACCCUCUCCCUCUAUCUUUCGAAGUGGUCACUGCCAGUUUUAGCCUGGUCAAGGAAGAAAGGAUUCCAUAUUAAAAGGACAAUGCUACACAAGACUCUGGCGAUAUUAAUAUGCAUUCUGGUUGGUUGGUUGUUGUGUGGUAUUUUAACAGCAACCAAUGUCUUCCCAAACGAUCCGACACUGAAAUCCUAUAAGGCUCGAACCGAUUCCCGAAUUCACGUAUUGAAGAACUUCAGCUGGUUCUAUAUCCCGUACCCACUGCAGUUCGGCUACCCGAAAUUCAGUAUAGGCAUGUUCGUCAAUUUCUUAGUGGCUACAAUAAUAUCGAUCAUCGAUUCAAUUGGCGAUUACUACGCAUGCGCUCAGAUCGCUCGGGUACCGUCACCACCAGUCCAUGCAGUAAACCGCGGUCUUUUCAUCGAAGGCACGUGUUCGUUCUUUAAUGCUUUACUUGGUGCCGGCCAUGCUACUACCACCUACGGUGGGAACAUCGGUAUUAUUGGAAUGACAAAGGUGGCCAGCAGACGUGUGUUUCAAGUUCUCGGUUUAAUAUACAUAUUUUUCGGCAUUAUGGGUAAAGUCGGAGCCCUUUUUAUAACUAUUCCAUACCCAGUUCUUGGAGGAGUGCAACUUCUAAGUUUCGGUAUUUUCAUUGGUGUUGUUCUCGCAAAUCUCCAAUAUAUAGAUUUGAACUCCACGCGAAAUUUGGCUAUUAUUGGUAUGGGUCUACUGCUUGGCCUAAUGGUGCCUUAUUACGGAGAAAAAAACCCGGAUGCUUUCGAUACAGGUAUGUAAAAAAUGACAUCAGCA